UGUUACCCGGCGGCGGCGGUGGCUACUGACCUUCUCGCCCCUCCCGAAGCCUCUUCGGCCACCAUGCUGGGCCUGACCCUCCGAGAAAUUUCUGCCGCUCUGAAACAAGGCCAAGUAAGCCCAGUAGAGCUGUGUCAAAGAUGUCUCGCCCGCAUCAAAGAAACCAAGUUUCUUAAUGCUUAUAUUACUGUGGCGGAAGAGAGGGCUUUAAAUCAAGCUGAAGAAUCUGAGAAAAGGUACAAAAAAGGGCAGGAACUGGGAGUUUUAGAUGGAAUUCCCUUUUCAGUAAAAGACAACUUCAGCACCGCGGGCAUUGAGACGACAUGUGCAUCAAAUAUGCUGAAAGGUUAUGUACCCCCUUAUAAUGCCACAGUUGUUCAGAAGUUGUUGGAUCAGGGGGCUGUGCUUAUGGGAAAAACAAACUUAGAUGAGUUUGCUAUGGGAUCUGGGAGCACGGAUGGGGUCUUCGGCCCAGUCAGAAACCCCUGGAGUUACUCCAGGCAGUACUGGGAGAAGGGGAACUCGGAUUCCGGCCAAGAGGACCAGGAGCCGCAGUGGCUGGUGGCCGGAGGGAGCUCUGGGGGAAGUGCUGCUGCAGUGGCUGCCUUCACUUGCUUCGCGGCUUUGGGAUCCGAUACGGGCGGGUCGACCAGAAACCCAGCCGCCCAAUGCGGCCUUGUCGGGUUAAAGCCCACGUAUGGGCUGGUUUCCCGUCACGGCCUCAUUCCGCUGGUGAACUCGAUGGACGUGCCGGGAAUCUUGACCAGAUGCGUGGAGGAUGCAGCCAUCGUCUUGGAGGUCCUGGCUGGGCACGACCCCAAAGAUUCUACCACGGUACAAGACGUUGUCAGUCCAUUUGCCCUCCCCAGUUCGGUGGACAUCAGCAAGUUGUGCAUUGGGAUACCCAAGGAAUACCGGGCUGAAGGGCUAUCCUGUGAAACUCAAGCCUUCUGGACCAGAGCUGCUGACCUGUUCCAGAGCGCUGGGGCCAGAGUGAUCGAAGUGUCGCUCCCCCACACCAGUUACUCAAUAGUCUGCUAUCAUGUGCUGUGCACAGCAGAAGUGGCAUCGAACAUGGCAAGAUUUGAUGGACUGGAAUAUGGUCACCGGUGUAACACAGAUGUGUCCACAGAGGCCAUGUAUGCUGCGACCAGACGAGAAGGGUUCAAUGAUGUCGUAAGAGGACGAAUUAUCUCAGGAAACUUUUUCCUUCUAAAAGAGAAUUAUAAUGACUACUUCAUCAAAGCGCAGAAAGUGAGGCGACUCAUUGCCAACGACUUCAUCCACGUCUUCAGUUCUGGUGUGGAUGUGCUGCUCACUCCCACAACGCUGAGCGAUGCCGUUCCCUACCUGGAGUUCAUCAAGGAAGACAACAGGACCCGGAGCGCCCAGGAUGACGUGUUUACCCAGGCUGUGAAUAUGGCCGGGCUGCCUGCGGUAACUGUCCCAGCUGCUCACUCAGAGCGGGGGCUGCCAAUCGGACUCCAGUUCAUCGGCCGGGCAUUCUGCGAGCAGCAGCUUCUCGCAGUUGCCAAGUGGUUCGAACAACAAGUCAGAUUCCCUGCCCUGUGCCUCGAGGACCUGACGGAGGCCAGCCUGGUGGCUGCUCGGCGUGAGAAAUCGGUCUCUGUGUCUUAGAACCAGGGGAUGCGCAGAAGUGUCACAGUCGGUUGGAGAAGCAGUCCUUCGUAGCGAUACGAGAUGAACUGCUGUCCCAGAUGGCUAAAAGCAAAGCAAACAAACAUCUUUUGUCUGGGGUGAAUAAUAGGUUGAUCGUUCAGCCAGCUUCCAAUAAAGAGAAAGAUUGGACUGGAGAGACAGUGUGAUCUAGUGGGAAGAGCACAAGUCUGGGAGUCAGAGGCCUUUGAUUUGCAUCUCAACAAUGCCAAUGGCCUUGAGCACAUCAGUUAACUGCUCUGGCCUCGGUUUCUUCUGCAUGAAAUGCACGAGGGGAUAAAUCAUGUGAAAGUGAAAAAGUGAAAAAUAAAUGCUGUACACAAAAUCA